AUUUUCGGUGCUCACAGUGACAACAUAGAAGCUGCUGGCCAUCCACCUCAAGAAGACAACAACAGACAGCAGAAUCAGCAACAGUUAGUCAACCGUCGACGACGUCAGAGACAAGCCGUCGUUGCUGCAGCUGGUCCAGUGAAUCGCCACAACAACAACACGGUGGCUCAUCCGAGGAAUAACGAACAAGAACCACAAGCACCGGAACGACAACAGAGGAAUCGUCGUUGGAUGGCAAACGGCCAGCACUCUACUUGGUUUCAAGGUAUUCACUCCAUGGGCCACUCGCUAGGAUCGUCCUCUUCGGACGGCCCGUCUUCAUCUUCAAUCAAGGAUCCGUGCAGAAUGGUCAAGACAUUUCAGGCGUAUUUGCCAGAAUGCUGCCACCGCACCUAUUCGUGCGUUCACUGUCGGGCCCAUUUGGCUAAUCACGACGAACUAAUUUCCAAGUCGUUCCAGGGCAGUCAAGGACGAGCCUAUCUCUUCAAUUCCGUGAUGAAUGUGGGUUGCGGUCCAGCCGAGGAGCGGGUCCUGCUCACGGGAUUGCACGCCGUCGCUGAUAUCUAUUGCGAGAGCUGCAAAACCACCCUCGGAUGGAAAUAUGAACAUGCAUACCUAACGUUUCAGCAUCUGAUCACCGCAUCUGAUUUGUGUUGAGGCUGAAUUGAAAAAAGAGCAAGAAGCCACGCAACGGAAUUUAGAAGAGGAUCGAAAGCUACUGAUCCAAGCGGCAAUUGUACGCAUCAUGAAGAUGCGCGUAGGAGACAAGAAGAAAGGCUGGCGUUGAACAAAGACUCAGUUGCUGAUAUCGUCCAUUUUGAUUGUUGUUUAUAUACUCUUACUCUUG